AUGGAGGACCCUGGCCAUGUCAUGGAAGAGGAGGCCGAUUCGACAACUUCGUUCCUGACUAAAGAGGUACCCCAUGAUUUAGCAAGACUGUAUUACACAGUGCAGCAACACGGCCCGGAGUACCGUUUUGACGCUGAGCUUGACGCCGGUCGCAUCUCCUCCCAAUUACCACCGCCGUGGAUUGUCCUCACAGCCCAGGGUAUUGGGGCCGGUUUUGGAUCCACUACGGGGCGCCGGGAAACCAUCGAUUCUUCGAAGGGCUUACCCGUCCAUUUCAGCGUGCGCGUGGCUACCUGCCUUGCCUAG